AUGGCUCCAUCCGCCAUUUACGAGGACGCUCCCGUCAGGGACGGCGCAGCCCUGGAAGACAUGUCAGACAAGAUCGAUGCGGUCAACGUCCUCAAGGCCAAGCAGGCCGGUGCGCCUGUGCCAGAGGAGCAGGUCUUUGACAGCGAAUCCAAGUUCGACUCGGAGAAGGACAAGGGCGGGUUCCGGCAGUACGAGGAUGCUUGCGACCGGGUCAAGAAUUUUUACCUGGAGCAACACGAGAAGCAGACGAUGGCAUACAACCUGAAGGCGCGGGCGCAUUUCAACUCGGCGUCGCGCAAGCGCAUGGAGAUGACGGUCUGGGAGGCCAUGGAGAAACUCAACACCCUCAUCGACGAGUCAGACCCGGAUACGUCGCUGUCGCAGAUUCAGCACCUGCUGCAGUCGGCCGAGGCCAUCCGCCGUGACGGCAAGCCGCGCUGGAUGCAGCUGACGGGCCUGAUCCACGACCUGGGCAAGCUUCUCUUCUUUGACGGCGCCGAGGGCCAGUGGGAUGUCGUCGGUGACACCUUCCCCGUUGGCUGCGCCUUUGACGAGCGCAUCAUCUACCCGGGUACCUUUGCCAACAAUCCAGACAAGGACCACCCGGUCUAUGGUACCAAGCUGGGUAUCUACGAGGAAGGUUGCGGCAUGGACAACAUCAUGCUGUCGUGGGGCCACGACGAGUACCUCUACCACGUCGUCAAGGACCAGAGCACCCUGCCCGAUGAGGCCCUUGCCAUGAUUCGCUACCAUUCUUUCUACCCAUGGCACAAGGAGAACGCAUACCGCGAAUUCAUGUGCGAAAAGGACCACGCCAUGCUCGAGGCUGUGAGGGCCUUCAACCCAUACGACCUGUACAGCAAGAGCGACGAUGUACCCAGCGUCGAGGAGCUCAAGCCUUAUUACCUCGAGCUCAUUGACGAGUACUUCCCCAACAAGGUUGUCAAGUGGUAG